GUUUCCCCCCUUGCGUGUUGUAACAAAAUCAAGAGGUGAAGAAACCUGCUCAGUUUAUGUUGCAGAGGGUGGAGAAGCAGAGCUGGCAACCACACAGAUCAGGAGGGAAGAGUGGGGGGAAUACGCUGAAUGGAAAAGUAAAAGCAGGAGUUUACAGCUGAAGAGGAGAAAGGUCAGUUUUAAUCUUGCUGAGUGUAGAGAAGCGAGAAAUGUAAAAGCAGAGGACAAAGAAAGGAGGGCUGAUGAAGGUGUGGACAGUUAAAUUGCAGCGAGCUGUGGAGAGCCGGCGGAGCAGAGUGGCAGCAGAACCGACUGUGGGCGGAGAGUGAGGAAGUGCGGUCAACGGGAGAGGAAUUUAAAGUCUCAUUGUUCUGGAAGAGCGGCGGCAGACGGAGUCGAGGAGCCAAGGAGACAGCUCACCGACGGACGUUGGACUACAUGGACGUGAACUCAGCCAUGGAGAAGAUGUCUAUAAAGCAGACUGCAGGAGGUGCAGGAGGAGGAGGACGUGCAGCAAUCUGUCUCAUAUGUAAGGAGAGCUGCUCUGGUUUUCAGCCACAUACUUGGAGAAAAGCCUGCACAGUGUGUGGCUGCAGCACGGUCGACCACGCUCCUGGAAAUGACCUUGAAGACGACCAGCGAAUAGGACGCCUGCUCGCAGACUCGCCCUGCUCCCAUUUGACAGCGAAGAUUAAAGGAGGUGGUGGCCUUCGCAUGUACAAGAGAAACCGAAUGAUUGUCACCAAUCCGGUGGUGUCACGCAAAGACCCGACCUUCAACACCACCACAUAUGACUGGGCUCCUGCCGGCCUCAACCAGAAACUGGCCAUGCAGUACAUGGAGCUCCUCCCAGAGAGUCAGAGGCCAGUCUCAGGGACUGUUGGAGCGCUGGAGCGACGCAGGCAGCUCCUCAUCCAGCUCCCCGCCUACGAUCAGGACCCCAUGAAGUGUCAGAGCCUGGCCAGUGAGGAGGAGAUUUCCUCCAUGCUGCUGUUUGUGAAGCAGUACAAACAGGAAGUGCUGGGAGUAGGAGAGGUGGCCUUACCCGGUGAGGGUGAAGCUUUGAGGGAAGCAGCCAUUCAGAGGACAGCAAAGGAGGUGAAGGAACACAGCAGCAGCAAUAAGAAGGAUGCUCCUCAGCAUCAGGAUCACGGUUCAUCUAACAGCAGUGUCGCCUCCCCCACAAAUGGGACAGAAUACAACAACAAGACUGAAUAUCAUUGCACCGGCUGCCAAGGUGAAGUUACAAAGGACAGUCCUGCAGUAUAUGCAGAGCGUGCAGGUUACCACGCUGCCCUGUGGCAUCCCAAGUGCUUUGUAUGUUCAGAGUGCGGCCAGAUGUUGGCUGACCUGGUCUACUUCUGGUCCAAUCAGAAGCUGUUCUGCGGACGACACUAUUGUCAGACACAGUGGCCACGGUGCUCGGGCUGCGACGAGCUGAUUUUCUGCCAGUCUUUUCUCACGGCGAAGGACGGACAAGCAUGGCAUCCUCAUCAUUACUGCUGCUGGAAAUGCGGGCAAACCCUGGAUACACCCUGUCAGCACUGAGUCACCAUGUGUAGGAUUCACUACAAAAUGUGGUGUUCAAUUUUAAGUUAAAAAUAAAUAAAUAAAUCAACAAAUCUAAAACCAAAUCAAUAAAAUUAGUGCAUCUGUUUUCAUAUAAAAGAAAAAAAUGGUAUAGUUUAAAUACGCACUGGGGCUAAAAGUCUUUAAGUCAUAUGUUCACUUGAUAGUUUAGCAAAUCUUCUUUCCUACAAAAACACAGCAGCAGAUUUACUAUAGUUUGAAAUACUUCAGGUGAUAUUGAUGUGAACUGACUUAUUCAGAUUACUGGUAUUCCAAAAUUUUAAGGAGUUGUUUGGUUUAUACAAAAGUGCUUUAAGUACUUCAGCAAACAUUUUGUUGAUGUAUUGGCACUUAUAGCACUGACAGUAACAGGAAACAGAUGUUCUGCAUUUAGCCUGCAACCUUACAAAAACCCAGAGCUGAAUUUCAGCUAAAAAAUGAAGAAACUACCCAGUAACUGAAGAAUGUUGAAGUUAACAUGAGUAAGUAAAUAACUAAAUAAAAUGCCACCUUGUCCUGUUUGAGAAAACUUUGUAUUCUCACUCAUUUUCAUGAGAGACUUGUUGGUGUGUUUUUUGCAGAUUUGAGUCAUGUGUCUUUAGUUAAACUUCAUCUGGUGAGGUCAGUAAUUAUUUUAAAUUGUCUCAAGAAAUCAUGGAUGUUGAUUCCUCUGGAUUUUUUUUUCUUAGCACAAACUGUUCUCCUCUGGGUGAAAUAUUCAUAAUUUCAAAAUAUGUGCUUGUGUUGAAAAAUAUUUUUUUGUGUUUUGUGUUGUUGACCUUGUAAUUCAGCCGGGGUAAGACUGCUGCAGUCAUUAAACUAUUGGAGCGUUAAAACAGGGUCAAGGGGCAGAACAGUGUGUGAAAACAGUGUGAAGCAGCCCUACUCGACACUGUUGUAGUUUGUUUUUUGAAGGUUUACACUGAAAAAUUAUUUUGUUAUAAAGUCAUUUCUGCCUGUGUUCGAACCCCUUAAAGUUUUAUUUUCUCAGAAAAAACGAGUCUGCACCUUUGUGCAAAAAGGAUAUUUGUUUUUCAUACGAAGUAACAAGGAACUGUGUUUUUUUUGUUUUUUUUUAAUAUAUUCUACUUUAACAGUCAUCUUUAAAUGUGUUGAUGCAUGCUCAAUCAGCCAGGUAAAUAAAUCCCAGAAGGUUGUUUCUGUUCAUCUGGAUGUAGCGUUUUCAGUUGGAGAAACUGAAAACGCACUUAGAAGAAGUCACUUGGAUGAGUGACAAAAUGUUUCUCCCACUGAAGUCCAGAUGAACAGAAUCAGCCUUUCGGGAGUCAGCUUAAACUUCCUAAACUGACAGUAAUUUAUAGAAAACUUGGCAGUUGAAUGAAAAAAAAAGAUCAGUUGAAAUAAUUUGAUCUUAACUUUAUCUUAAUACCAAAUUAACAAAGGGUUAUCUAACUUACUAACUUAUCUAACUAGGUCAGGUUUUAACUUUACCUGUUAGUUUUGGACUGAAGCCUUGUAAAAACUGGACAGGCAUAAGGCUGGAAAGAGGUAGCACUGAUUAAUACAAUAAAAUGUAAAAAAAAACCACCACC